AUGUCCCUCACGCUGUGGAGCGGCGUGAGCCCUGAGAACGCGCGCAUGCACAAGAUUCUGGCUGCGGCCGCCCUCGCCAACGUGCCCGUGACGCUGAGGCCGUGCGAGUACGGCCGCGAGAACGAGACGGCGGAUUACUGCCGCAACUUCAGCCCCUGCGGCCGCUACCCCGUGCUGCAGACGGAGGGGGGCUGCGUCUUCGAGUCGAACGCCAUCCUGCGCCACAUCGCGCGCCUCGACCGGAGCGGCGGCUUCCUGUACGGCCGCACGCCGCUGGAGGGCAGCCAGGUGGACAUGUGGCUCGACUUUGCGGCGACGGAGCUGGACGCGGCCGUGGUGCCGUUUGUGCUGCACGCCUUCCGCGGCGAGCCGCUGCCCGCCGGCGCGAUGGACCGCGUGCACGAGGCGCUGCAGGCGCUGGAGACGUGGCUGGAGACGCGCACGUUCCUCGUCGGCGAGCGCAUGACGGUGGCGGACGUCGCGGUGGCCUUCGCGCUGCAGUGGCACUACCGCCUGAACCACGCGGAGGGCGAGGCGCUGACGAAGAAGUACCGCGGCGCCUACCGCCUGUACAACACGGUGAUGCAUCAGCCGAAGACGGUGGAGGUGCUGCGGUCGCAGGGCGCGACGUUCGGGCCGGUGAAGGAGGAGCGGAAGGGCAGGGACGCCGCCGCGCCCGCCAAGGCGGAGAAGAAGCCGAAGGCGGCCGCCGCAGCCGCCGCCGAUGCGGAGGAGGAGGAGGCGCCGAAGGAGAAGAAGAAGCCGAACCCGCUGGACGAGCUGCCGCCGAGCCCGUUCGUGCUGGACGCGUUCAAGCGCGAGUACAGCAACACGGACACCCGCACGGUGGCCGCGCCGUACUUCUUCCAGCACUACGACCCCGCCGGCUACACGACGUUCUGGUGCCGCUACAAGUACAACGAGGACAACAAGAUGCAGUUCAUGACGGCGAACCUGAUCCGCGGGUGGUUCCAGCGCAUGGAGCACGUGCGCAAGUACGCCUUUGGCGUCGCGCUGAUCGUUGGGGAGGAGAAGCGGCACGACAUUGUGGCGCUGUGGGUCUUCCGCGGCAAGGGCAUGCCGGAGAUCGUGGCCGCGGUGGAGGACACGGAGCUGUUCGACUGGGAGGAGGUGGCCGACGUCGCGGCGCAGCGGGAGCGCAUCACGGACUACCUCUGCUGGGAGGGCCCGACGAUCCCGAAGCCGGUGCUGGAGGGGCGCGUGUUCAAGUGA